AUGUCCCUGUCGGAGCCCCGGAAGCGUGAAUUUAGGCAAAGAAGUAUCGCGAGGCGCAGCAUUUGUGCUACAGUGUUACUCUUAUCUUUAUGUACAGUAGCCAUUUACCUUACGCCCCGUCGAGAUAAUGGAAUGAAACAUCGUGAGAAGGCAGUUAUGCAGGUACCGAGUGUGCGGAGUCACGUAGUUAACGUUCCCUCCAAAUAUCCCUUGUGGAUACGAGAGGCUCUCGCUUACGUCCCUUCCACAGUUUUGCGUCAGUGGGAGGAUGCCGAAUAUUUGGUGGUGUUUGGUGUGCCUUCUGUGGACAUAAAUGUGAGACGGCGACGGAGGCAUUUGCAGCGGAUGACUUGUUGGGCGUAUGGUGGCGUUGCGCGGCGUGCAAAUGACUUCGUGGGAAGUAUGCUGCCAUUAUAUAUCCUUGCACGUCACCCCGACAAUAACUACGUCUUCACGUCUGCUGCCUUAGAGGAGGCUGAGAAGUGGAAUGAUGUAAUUACACUUCCAAUGAAUGAGGGUCGUGUGUCGACCAAAAAGCAAGUGGGCCAGGAUGGAAAAUGGGGUGUUGAAGCAGAGGUUGGUAUGAGUCGCAAGACAUUCAUGUGGUUUGAUUUGUCGCUGAUUGUUUUCUCACGCGCCGCGUAUAUUGCGAAAGGCGAUGAUGACAUGUUUUUGCGUGUUCCACAGUACCUUGUUGACUUACGCGAUCUACCACGACGAGGGGUAUAUUGGGGUACGAUUGAUAGAUAUACCGUUGGCAGAACAAGGUUUAACUACGCUUUUGGUUGGUGCUACACCCUUGCUCGUGAUGUUGCUAAGCAGUUUGUUUCUUAUGGACCACUGCGCAAAGUAGUGAACAGUUCCUCGUCAGUGCUCAGUAUGUUUACGAUUAAGCGUUUCUAUCUUCUGGCUGAGGACGCGAUGGUUGGACUAACAUUGCAGAGGGCCGGGUACGCUAGCAAAAUACUUUACAUUCGGGAAAAGAAAUGCUCCUUUCAUAACGUGCACGCCGGGCCAACUGUUGUUGCUGUCACCGAUAGUUCCGUAAUGGUGCACCAUGUUAGGGAGGAUGAAUACGAGAAACUAAAGCAACGUUUUGCUAAUGAGAGGGAUGUGGCUCCACGUUUUAUUUACAGUAUUUAUGAGGGUAUGAAGGGUUUUAGUUGCCGGUAG